AUGAAGAGUAAAGGCAAAUUGAGACCAAAAAUAUAUGACGUUGUAUUUUUGUAUUUAACGUUUAUUCCUUUUGCAGUUCUUGGCACCUAUGCAAGAUUAGGUAUUUACAGACUAUCAAAAUAUGAACCAUCAUACAUCACUCCAACAUCUACGAUAUGGCCAAAUAUAGUAGCUAGCUUUCUCUUGGGUGCUACACGAGAGACACACAGCAUUAUUUCGAUUGAUUCCGUCAUGUUACCUUGUCUAACGACCGGAUUCUGUGGAACGUUUUCAUCAUUCUCAUCGCUAAUGUUGGAAUUGUUUCAACACUCCACGAACAAGGGUUUAGAUAGAAAAGCCUACCCUAAUGCAGGAUAUGGAGUAAUGGAGUUCAUAGCUGUGCUUUUGGUACAGUUAGCAGCUUCUUGUGGUGGCCUAAUUCUAGGGCAAUCAAUUAUGAGAAACAUACUAAACUACUACUAUAAUUGUCAUAGGACCUUGGUAAGGUUGAUUCGCGGGAUUGGAUAUAUCUCUCAAAUAGCAUGUAUUCCAAUUGUAGCGUCACAGAUUGCAUUAGCUGUUAUUUUUAAAGGAGAUAGCAGAUUCUGGACAGUAGGAUCCCUUUUCGGAGUAGUGGGUGCGGCUGUAAGGUUGGAAUUAUCAAAUAGAUUGAACAAUAAAUUUGGUUGGUUCCCACUAGGAACUUUUAUGUGUAACGUUAUAAGCACAACUAUUGCAUCUGUUCUUUUCAUGUUGAAGAAUGGUUUGAAAGAUCAUAACUCACAACGUCUUGUCAACAACAACGAAGCUCUGUCGAUGAUGACAUACCUAACAUUAGGAUUUUGUGGAGGAAUGAGCACACUGAGCACUUUCGUCUACGAGGGUCAAGUGAUGGGUCUUCCUAAAGCGUGUAUAUACUACUUAUUAUCCAUUGGGAUUGGCUUCGCUCUCACAAUCAUAAUCAUCGGUUCUUACGCAUGGAAGCAUAAUCUAGAAGCUACGCAACAGCUCUUCACUUAA